AUCAAAAGGCAGGCAAAGCAAAAAGUUUAAGUGUCUACUAUUUUGGACACAUCUAUGGGAAUAUGGGUCGUGUAAUACAAAUGAAUUUUUUUUUUUUUUUGUCUUCUGAUUUGUGGGGCAUUGAAGCAUAAUUGCGCUUUUGAGUAAGGCUACCUGACUUGAACUAGUCACCGGACAUAGUUUGAAUGGGAGUCUUCCCGCUAGCUUUAUUUUAGCUAGCUUGUUGAUAAGGACUUUAAAUGCUUCAAGAGCAAAUGUAAAAUUUUGGACUCGGACUCAUCUAGAAGUUGGAGCUGAGAGUCAAUUACAAAGCAGCUGAAGAAGCACUGACGCUGUUUUGUGGAGGAUGUCUUCAACGUUACUCUUCAACCAAGACAGUGUCAUACGCUUCAAGAAAAGGAAAGCACGUUUCACAUUCAGUGAGGUCCACAUACUUUUAGAUGAAGUGAGGAAACAUCGCUCUGUGAUUGUGGGAAAAUUCAACCGUGGCGUGCCAACAGAUGUGAAGAAGCGCACAUGGGCUGAAAUUGCAGCUCGUGUCAAUGAGAUCGGCGAGUGUCAGCGAGAGGUCAUUGAGGUCAUUAAGAAAUGGUCAGACCUGAAGUGUGACACCAAGCGCAAAGUUGCUGCCAUGCGGUCAGGCAAGGUGCCAAACCGGGGCAUCAACUCGCGUCUCUCUAAAGACCUGAACCAAACCGAGAAAGUCGUGCUCCAGAUUCUGGAGAUGGAUCAGGAAGAUCAGAUCAACAGUGACUUCGGCCCUCUUUGCGACGACGACGACGACGUUGAAGAAAUGGACGAGGACGACAUGGUUGGAAUGCAGAGUUCGCCGAACGGUGCUGACGAAUCAUCUCGGCCUCCGGCAAUGUCCCAAUCUUCAGGUGGAUUUGCACAGUCAGGGGACUCAUCACAUACUGCCUUUGACGUGCAGUUUGAAAUACCUGUAUCAGAAGACUGGGAUGAUGACUCCAAAAACGACACGCUUCCUUCAAGUUUACCAAAUAAACCAAGAGGGGAUCACCAAGGAAAGAACGGCCUCCAUAAACAAGAACAAGCUCAUACUUCCUCUGGCGUUUCAACCUUGACAGCCUCAAUUCCAUUCAGCGGUCUGCCCAGCGCAAACGUGAGGGAAAGCAUGCUACAAAAUGCUUCGGCCAGCCUCCAGGAGCAGCAUGCCACCAACGUCCUGCUGGAAACGGUUUCCCGCUCGCUGGAGCUUCUGUCCGAGUCGGUGCAGCAGCUUGCGGAAACUCAGCAGGAAUUUGUGCGCGAGUCCCUGCAGCUCCAACGAGAAACUGUCCAGGUGCUUCGAGACUUUACGGGCAGCACCAUCACGCUCAUGCACGAUAAGCUCAACGGACGGCCAGCGUUAUAGCAUUAAGUUGCCGGAUCUGACCCGAGACUUGGCCACGUAAGGCUUCCAUUUCCUUUGGAUUUUACACUGGUUACUGUAUUUAUGACAGUACUUGACUGAUAUUCCAUUGUGGGUAGAGAGAGACGGUACACCGUGCAGAAAUAUUAGGCAAGUGCGUAUUUUGACCACCAUCAUUUUGAUGCCUAUUUUCCAACUCCAUGCUGUAUAAGCUUGAAUGCAUUUCAAAUGAUGUGUAUUUGUGUAAAGAGGGAGGGAUGCUGGAGCACCCCACAGUGUUCAUCAUCAUUAUUAGGCAACUUGUUUUAAAUGGGGCAAAAAAGUGUUAUUAAAAAGAAGGGUGGCUCGAUUGAUCACAUCUUUUUUUUCAUGUUAGUCAAUUUUGACUUAUUUAUUAUUCUCACUUUGACAAAUGAAAAUAAACAAGUGAGAUGGGAACAUUUCCAUUUUUACUUGAGUUGCAUCAUAAUUCUACACACUAAUAGUUGCCUAAUAAUUGUGCACACAUCGAAAAAGAAAGCCAGAUCCUCACUUUUACGCUCUUAAAUAUUCAAGUUUAACGUUUCUAAAAAAAAAAAUCUUGACUGUAGUCGUUCAAAACCAAAAUCCUCCAAAAUACAGUUUGCCUCCUAAUUCUGCACACACUGUAUUGUUAGAAAGCCUGCGUGAGCGGUCGAAUUGGACGGUUUUUGUGGGUUUGUUUUCUUGCUACUGAAAGUGAUACUUCUGUCAUUGCAUUGAAAAGAAUGGACCACUUUUGAAAGCAUUUCUUUGGUUUUAUUGCUGACAUUCGAGAGUGGGACAUUGAAUUUGAAACGUGUCAAAUUCAGUGCCUUGUGUCCGUAAGUGUUCCCUUGCGUGUGUGUAGAGAGUAUCACGAGUACUGUAACCUUGAGUAGUUUUCAGCACCUGACCAUUAUAUGGUCCAUAUAUCUUAAAGCUAUACUUUACUUUUUAUUUUUACAUUCUUUACUGCAUUAUAUAUUAGAACUUCCGUAAAAGAAAAUUUUUCAUUCAGAUGUUCAAUAAACUAUCUGUCAAUAU